AUGAAGUUGAUAAGCUCUCUGCCCUGCGAGAUCAUCGGCCUCAUUCUUGCAAGCUGUGAGCGCUUUGCUCAGCUACGCGACGCGAUCUUGACUUGUAAAUCAUUUUACUCAGCGUGGAAGUCCUAUACAGGGACGAUUCUAUGGCAUAUCGGCCAAACUGAGAUCUUGGGGUUCACGGACGCGUUGAUCGCGGUUAGAGCGACAGAGAUUGUAAAGCAAGCAGCUCUGAGGGGAGAUCUCCCUCCAACUCCAUUGCCACUGGGCAAGCUGGGUGGAGAUAUCCGCAGACCAACACUGGAUGAGAUGAAAGUUCUGUUCGAUUUCCGGCAUUUGGUCGAGUGUCUUGAACGGCUAUUCAAGGAGAACAGUCACCCAUACUGGUAUGAUGGCAUCGCAAGGCUCGAGCCAGAAGACAGGAUGCAAGCAUGGAUGGUGUGGAAGGAGCGGUUGCAUGUGGCGUUGUAUCGAGGCUUCCUUUCAGGCGCUGCGCUAUAUCGCGCGUUUCAGGAGCCUUUAACUAUGGCAAGCACUUGCGGUCUCCCACGUUUUCUGGACGGAUUUAGGAGAGUUAAAGGAGAUGGAGCUGGCACUCUCACAUCGGCUGAGAAGCGCUACCUGCUCCAAUAUCCCAUAUUCAAAUUUGAGGAGUUCCAGCAGCACGGGGAUAUAUUCCAGCCUCUGGCAGACAUCUUCGUACAAGAGAGCAAGAGAAAGGCCAAGGUGGUGAAUGCUUUAAAAGGUGCAACUCUCUAUGAGCGGUACGGGGCAGAGCAGUAUGACCCUGCUGUCCUCGAAAGAAGCCAUGCACAGGCACUCUUCCACCAGCUCCUGCAGUUUAUGUUCGUUGCGCACAGUGGAAUCCUCCAGGAGAUAAUCCGAAAUGAGGAUGGAUACCCAUAUAAGAGCAGGACUGGGCCCAUACCGAAAAAGAUGCCUGAACGUCACCGUACUGUGACUGUUAUCUUUUUCGACGUGCUUAGCCUCGAGGAGAUUAUCAUGCCAGAGAAUGUGGAAGAUGCAAUCGGGACCUUCGUACUUGCACGUCCCGGUCUCGGACGUCCUGUGGACAAGGGUUCUAACUUAUCCGGGGUUGAAUAUGUGUCCCGCAACAUUGAGAAAUUACUCUACGAGAUUCAAUGGUUCUCUGGCCAGCCAAAUUACUAUUGGCCUAGCUGCAGAACGCCUCCCCCAAAACUUCAGUUUGUGCGAUACAUGCUGUCUAAAUACUUCCGACUCCGGUUCAAAGCUAACACAUGGGAUUGGAAUGAACCGUCGAGUAAGGCCUGGUAUGUAUUUAUCAAUAGCGGUGAUGUCUUCUGUGAACGUAUUCUGGCGGACGAAUGUGAAGGCGCUUGUGCACUCUUUGAGUCGAUCAAUACUCCCCUUCCUGAGCCUUAUUUUGCUCCUAGGCCCUAG